AUGCCGCAGCUGCGGGUGGAGUAUGCCAAGUCCGGACGCGCGAAGUGCUCUGCCGCAUCGUGCAAUAAACCGAUCUCCAAGCACGAGGUGCGCGUUGGCAUUGCCGUUAUGUUCCAACCCGUGGGGAGCACUAGCGGUGAACCAACUCUGUCUUACAAGUGGCGUCAUGUCUGUUGUUUCACUGAGCGUCAAAUAAAGAACGCUGAAGCUGAGGGUGGACUCGACGCUAUUGAGGGCCUUGAAGAACUGGCGGAGGUGGAUAGAGAUCUUAUAGCACAAAUGAUGCGCGGGGAGUUGAUUGACCGGAUGGAUGUUAUGGGGCGCGUUGGAGAUGUCGAGAACUCGCCUGCCAGCCGUGGUUCCCUAAAGGGAGAGAAGUUUUCCCAUUCCGACGGGAGGGCCGCGACAAAACGCAAACGAGGUGAUGGGUCCGAGUCAAGGGAGACGGGUUCUCCACCAGACCUAUCAAAAAGAGGCAAGUCCAAAAAGGGUGGUGUGGUCAGCCUGACCCCCAGUCGUGACAAAGAUACGAAUGAGGGUGAGAUAUCAGAUUCUACAACAGAGGAGUUUGAAGUUUCCGUUGAGGCGACGAGACCACCUUGCCCAUACGGCAAGGAGUGCUUCCGCACCAGCGUGAGCCACAUGGCAGAGUAUUCUCACGGGGCAGAAUCCGACAGGGCGGUGCCAGCGCGGCUUCGGGCUGUUAUAAGGCAUUCAGUUUAA